AUGAUGGCGGAACGCGAGGCCUGGGUCUACAAAGCCAAGCUCGCCGAGAAUGCUGAGCGCUAUGACGACAUGGUGGCGGCUGUCAAGGAGGUGGCCGCCAGUGGUGAGGGCCUGUCGGUGGAGGAGCGCGUCAUGUUCAGCGUGGCCUACGCCAACCUCAUCGGCUCGGCGAGAGCUUCAUGGCGCGUGGUGUCCUCCAUUCUCAAAAGGGAGGAACGCCUUGAGGAGAAGGUCGAGCGGAGGGUCAGGCUGGCCCGCGCCCUGGUACGCAAGCUCGAGGGCGAGAUGGACUCUAUCUGUCAAGAGUGCGUGGAUCUUAUCGAUGACCACUUCCUCCCCUCGGCCUCCGACCUCGACAGCCAGACCUUCUUCCUCAAGCAGUACGCCUUCAUCUACUUCAGCUUCACCUUUGCACUUCACGCGAAGGGUGACUACCUCCGGUACAAGGCCGAGUAUGCAUCUGGCGAGAGGUACCAGGAGGCUAUCGAGGCCGCCCGCCAGGCCUACCAGUCCGCAACUGAUGUUGCCCAAGAGCUGCCGCCUACGCACUUGAACCGCAUGGGCCUGGCGCUCAACUUCUGCGUGUUCUACCGCGAGUGCAUGCAGUCGCCGUAUAAGGCGUGCCAGAUCGCCGAGCAGGCGGUGGACGAGGCCAACAACCAUCUCAACCGCACUGGCCAGGAGGACAGGGACGCCAGACUCGUGAUGCAGCUCCUGGAGGACAACCUCACUCUCUGGGCUUCUGAGAUGCAGAAGACCCACCACGAGGGCCAGAAGACUGACUGA